CCCGUGUUGUAACCAACGCAUCUGAGGUCUGGAGCACUGACUUCAAUCAGGAGAAGCUGGAAAGACAUAUGGCCCAGAGCGGGAUCUCUGAGGAUUACAGCACAAAGUUCAGAGAAGCCUUUGAGCACAGAACGGCUGCCCUGACGGUGCACAACGGCAGAGCCACUCUGGAGCUCAAGGAAGAUGCCUGGAGCCUGACUUUUGACCUCUUCAAACUCCCCUCCUCUGAAGCCAGGAUGCGGCUCCAGGCUCUGAUGUUUGGCCUCAUGGGUUGUGUCAGCCGCUUGGAAAAACGUCUUGAAGCGGCAGAAGGUGCUGCUGCGGCUGCUGCUGCUGCUGUGUGCAGGUCUGAGAAGAACCAACCCAGAAACCAAAAGCUGUUGAUGCCAGAUCCGAGUCCCAGGAAGAAUCAAGGUGGAGGCUCAGCUGUUCUGGCCAAGAGAAGAGUCCCAGGAGAGUCUCUCAUAAACCCUGGAUUCAAAAGUAAGAAGGCACCAGCUGGGGUAGACUUUGAAGACUCCUGACCCCAACCUGGGCCCUUUUAUGCAUGACUUUUCACAGCAUCUGACUAAGGGGAUUUUACUCUGCAAAUGAAUUAUAAAGCUCAACAGUGCCCAGCCCUGCCUUAUGCUUGACUGAGUCCCUGGAGGACGGUUGAAACCUGAAGCCUUGUGACCUGUGUGAUACGUCUUGCAAGCAGAGGCAAGCAGCAGAACCUCAGGGCCCAUGACCUCAGCUCUGUGGGGAGCUGCUCCCCCUUUGCAGGCAGGCAGGGAGGGGCUCAGAGGCAGUCCUGUUUCCCCCCACCCCUCCCAAUCUGCUUUGCCCUCAGGGCUUAGAAUGAAUUUGACUUUGAAUGAAUUACAUUUUAAUGACAUUUUUAUCUGGCUAUUUUAAUUACCCAACCUGUGUCCAUAACUUAUUUUAAAUAAACUAGUGACUUCUUGCUUUGCAUGC